ACUCCGCCAAGGCGCAUUUCUCUCGCGAGUGCUGGAGCGAGGACUUGUCUUCUCCGUUCACAUUCACACCCACAUCCGCCGUUUUCCGUCGCCAUUCCGCCGCGCCAUCGCAUCGUCCGCGCUCCCUCUUCUCGUUCUGCCCCGGUACGAUUCGUCGACGGCGGCCGUGGGCGCCGGAGGUGCGGCUCCGAGGUGCUAGGCGUGGUGCGUUGGGUGCGCUCGGUUCGGGAGAUCUCGGAGUUUGCUGCUCGCGCGGUCGGAGAGGGGCGCCGGAGGAGGAGGAGGCUGUGCAAGCUGUGCUGAGCUAAGGGUUCGGGAUCAGUGGAGGUGCUGCGGCAGGAGGGAGCUGGAGAUGUACGAGCCGCCGUCCCGAGGCGGCGGGGGAGCCGGCGCUGCCGGAGAGCAGCCUAGGGUUUACCAAGUUUGGCGAGGAAGCAACGAGUUUUUCUUGCAAGGGUGGUUCAUAUUUGGACCUGAUGUGAGAUCCUUGUUUCUCACCAUAUUCCUCAUUCUUGCACCAGUAGUGGUUUUCUGUAUAUUUGUGGCCAGACAUCUUAUCAAUGACUUUCCUGACCAUUGGGGAGUUUCAGUUAUGGUCGUAGUGAUUGUCUUCACAAUAUAUGAUUUGACACUGCUGCUUCUUACCUCUGGUAGAGAUCCUGGUAUAGUGCCUCGUAACACCCAUCCUCCUGAACCCGAAGCUAUUGAUAUGAUCAAUGAUGCUGGAAAUGGUCAGACACCUCAACAAUUGCGGUUGCCACGGACAAAGGAUGUUAUCGUAAAUGGGGUCAUUGUGAAGGUCAAGUACUGUGACACCUGCAUGCUGUACAGACCACCUCGAUGCUCACAUUGUUCUAUCUGUAAUAACUGUGUGGAGCGCUUCGAUCACCACUGCCCUUGGGUUGGGCAAUGCAUAGGAUUGCGCAAUUAUCGUUUUUUCUAUAUGUUCGUAUUCUCGACAACAUUACUGUGCCUCUAUGUAUUUGGCUUUUGCUGGGUGUACAUUGUGAAGAUUAGAGACGCAGAACAAUCGUCGAUUUGGAAAGCAAUGUUGAAGACACCAGCAUCAAUUGUUCUGAUCAUAUACUGCUUCAUCUGUGUGUGGUUUGUGGGUGGUCUGUCUGUCUUCCAUUUCUAUCUCAUGAGCACUAACCAGACAACCUAUGAGAACUUCAGAUAUCGCUAUGAUCGGCGGGCCAAUCCUUACAACAGAGGGAUCGUGAACAACUUCAUGGAGAUAUUCUGCACCGCAGUCCCUCCUUCCAAGAACAACUUCCGAGCUAGGGUCCCAGUAGAGCAAGGUUUACAGCAAUCACAUGCGCCAGCAAGGGGUUUCAUGAGCCCAAACAUGGGUAAACCUGUUGGAGAACUUGAAUUGGGCAGAAAGCCAAUAUCAUGGGAUGAACCUCGGUCAGCAGCUGAUAUCAGAGAUUUGGAGGUUGGUUUAGGCGGUCUAUUGGACGAGAAGGAAGGCAGAGUAGCCCAUGCAUCCCCGGAUCUUAGCAGAGAAACCCUUCCUGAGCUUGUGGAAGGGAGGGCUGGCGUGCAUUCGAGGCGAUCAAGUUGGGGUCACCGAAGCGGGACCUCAGAGUCCAUGGACAGCGUUGCUGUGCAGAUGGGAACGGGAGAUUCUCACUGGGGCUCCAUUAGCAGUGUCCAUGGAACAACCAGUGGAGCUCACUAGCAAGCCAUGUCACGUCUCUGACGCAUCCUUUUGUGAAACCUGCCUGAUACCAACAACGAAGAAGCAACUUUUGUGUGUUCUGUGUGCGCCUGUGCUUUCACUCCACCUAGGAUAUAUACGUCUGCUGCAGUGCUUUCUUACUCAGUGUCCUGGGAGCGCAUCAGUUCUUCUGAUGUGCUUCUCGUUUGGUGUUCUAAGAAAAAAAAUAACAGAAGAGCUCCUUUAACUCCUUAGCUGUUUGGAUUAUCCACUGUAUAUAGAUAUAUGUGUUAUUGCAAAUUGGAAUUGCCUGUAGAAAGGGUUUGUCAUGUUUGGCUUUAGUUUCUUCACGCCCUUCAAA